UACAGGAAGAUAACAAGCAAGCCAGGAGGGCGGAGCAGCUCGCGACACAUGUCUGCCCGCUCUUAUCAACUUAUCUUAUAAGGAAAGUGAUUGAUGCAGAUCCUGACACCCAGAACCUGAGGGAAGAGAAACAAGGAAGCAUUAACUCUGAUCUGUAAGGGGAAGACAGCCCUCAGGAGUGAGCAGGGUUAUUCUUUCUACUGCGAUCUGACAGUUCACUGCAGGACGGGAGGGAAGACCAGCGUGAACAAUCACGUUCCUGCUAGAAAAGGAGGGAAGAGACUCCCACUGAUGGACCUUACACCAUGGCAGCGGAGCCCUGCCUCUGAGAGGGCAGCUUAGGAGUGGGAUUCCUAUGUGCCUUCCAGUUUGCUGAACUGCUGCUUUACUCCCGAAAGAAAGAAAGAAUGUGGCAGCUUGUUUUCUUUACUUUGAGCUGUGAUCUUGUCCUAGCCGCAGCCUAUAACAACUUUCGGAGAGGCAUGGACAGCAUGGGGAAAAGGCAGUAUCAGGUUCAGCAGGGGUCCUGCAGCUACACUUUCCUCCUGCCGGAGACAGACAACUGUCGCUCGACUAGCUCCUACGCGUCCAGCGCUGUGCAGAGGGACUCACCACUAGAUUAUGACGACUCCGUGCAGAGGCUACAAGUGCUGGAGAACAUCAUGGAAAACAACACUCAGUGGCUAAUGAAGCUUGAGAAUUACAUCCAGGACAACAUGAAGAAAGAAAUGGUAGAGAUACAACAGAACGCAGUACAGAACCAGACGGCUGUGAUGAUAGAAAUAGGCACAAACUUACUGAAUCAAACAGCAGAGCAAACACGGAAGUUAACGGAUGUUGAAGCACAAGUAUUAAAUCAGACAACAAGACUUGAACUUCAGCUUCUGGAACAUUCCCUUUCCACCAGCAAAUUGGAAAAACAGAUUUUGGACCAGACCAGUGAAAUAAACAAAUUGCAAGAUAAGAACAGUUUCCUGGAAAAGAAAGUACUAGACAUGGAAGACAAGCAUAUUGUUCAACUACAGUCGAUAAAAGAAGAGAAAGAUCAGCUCCAAGUAUUAGUAUCCAAGCAAAAUUCCAUCAUUGAAGAACUAGAAAAACAAUUAGUGACCGCCACGGUGAAUAGCUCAGUUCUCCAAAAGCAGCAACAUGAUCUGAUGGAGACAGUUCAUAAUUUAUUGACUAUGAUAUCAUCAAACUCAGCGAAGAACUCCUUCAGUGCUAAGGAAGAAGCAGUCGUUUUCAGAGACUGUGCAGAAGCAUUCAAGUCAGGGAGGACGGCGAACGGCAUCUAUACGCUGGUGUUCCCAAACUCCACAGAGGAGAUAAAGGCAUACUGCGACAUGCAGACAGCUGGAGGUGGGUGGACCAUCAUUCAGCGGCGGGAAGAUGGCAGUGUUGACUUCCAGAGGACUUGGAACGAAUAUAAAGUGGGAUUUGGGAACCCUUCCGGUGAACACUGGCUGGGAAAUGAGUUUGUUUUCCAAGUGACCAAUCAACAGCCCUACGUGCUUAAAAUACACCUUAAAGACUGGGAAGGGAAUGAAGCGUACUCACUGUAUGAACGUUUCUCUCUCUCAAGUGAAGAAUUCAAUUACAGGAUUCACCUUCAAGGACUUACAGGGACAGCCGGCAAAAUAAGCAGCAUCAGCCAACCAGGAAAUGAUUUUAGCACAAAGGAUGCAGACAACGACAAAUGUAUUUGCAAAUGUUCACAAAUGCUCACAGGAGGCUGGUGGUUUGAUGCGUGCGGUCCCUCCAACUUGAACGGAAUGUACUACCCGCAGAGGCAGAACACAAAUAAGUUCAGCGGCAUUAAGUGGUACUACUGGAAAGGCUCAGGCUACUCGCUCAAGGCCACGACUAUGAUGAUCCGACCCGCAGGUUUCUAAAUGCCCCCACGCGCCUGAGGAGGGACGGGCUGUGCGAUUUUCAAAGACUUAAUCCCGGAGCUCUCAAAGACGCAUCCGCAUGCUGUCUCCUCUACCAUCUCGAGACCGACAGCACGCGCUCGGUGCAGAGGGGUCCACGGGCCCCGGCCCCGAGUCCCUCGCACCUCCUCGCUUAGACCCACAUCACUCGUGAACCCCGAGCACAACCCUGGUUACGGUGACCUGUUGGAACGCCUAUGGGAAGAUAGAGUGAGGCCUGCGAAUUUAGGACUGACAAUUCACAGACGCUGUUGUCACAACCAAGAAUGUUGUGUCGAGUUCAUCCGUAAAUAACUGGAAAACAGAACUCUCACGCUACGCAGUACAGAUAACCUUGGAACUGCGUCCUUCUAAGUACUGUUUAUAGAUUGUAUAAAUAUCCAUAUGUCCCGAGUUCAGCAUCACUACCAUAAUUAAAAGAAAGAAAAAAAUUCUCUAAGCCAUUAAAAUAUAUUACAUAUUCAGGGACUUUCUGGGAAGUGCUUAUUUGCAGCUUAUUUGGACAAGGAAAAACAGCUAACGCAUUGUUUGCUCCUCUUAGGUGCUUUAAACUUUCAUUUUGAAAACAGCAUAUUUACAUAUGUGUGGACAGCACACUUUUAAGUUAAUGUUCAGAUAUAUAUUUCAAGUUUUAAAGAUGAAACCUCCCAGAUCUCUGAAAUUAAUAGAAAUGUGUGUCCUUUCAGUUUAUAUGAAGAUUGUACUAUUUUUUUUUUCUUUCUGGCUGUUAAAUAUGAAGGUAUUUUUAGUAAUUAAAUGUAACUUAUUAGAUAACUACAUUGAACAUUUAUGAUAAUAUUUUCAACUUUGUAAUUUGAUUCUGAAACAACUGACUGUGCCUCACAACAAGGAAAAAUUUGAUUUUUUUAAUGAUGAAGAUUAUGCAUUUAAUUCCCUGACAAACAGAUUUUACUAUACUUUCCUCGCUACUCUAUUACAGAGGUCUUUUUUUUUUUUUUCUCUUCUAGUCAGACGUAUUUUAGAGAGGUAGGCUACAAUUUAGUGGGUGGUUGACAAAACCUUUCUAUUUAAAGCACUUACGAGGCUAUACUUCUCAAGCUAGUUUCACCCCUAAAGAUAUUUGCACUAGUAACAUUUUAUUAGUAAAAAUAAUUUGCAUUAGUAACA